AAUAUAUGUACAUACAUCAGUAUUUGUACUUACAGAAUAAAAGUAUUUUACAAUACUAUUAGACUUUAAAAUAGAUUAAUUAUCUUCUGUUGAAUUACAGUACUUUUGUUUGCGUAAUUAAUAAUCACAAAAUGGAUACUAAUCGAAAGAAUUUUGGAAAUUCAUCCCACUUUUCAAAAAGCUACACUCAAAGUUCAAGAUACAGCGACGGGGAUGGACGACGAAGAAGUAAUUACUCUAAGAAAAGGGAAAAUCUGUCUUAUGAUUCUAUCCAUGAUAGUUUUGAUGAUAAACUGGAGAAAUUUAUCAUACACAUUGAAACAGACAAAGUGGGAAAACUAAUUGGAAGAAGUGGAUCGAAUAUUAGAGAAUUGCAAGAUAAAACAAAUACAAAGAUUCAAGUUGAUCGAUCAACUGGAAACGAUACAACUGCUGUAACUAUAAUUGGUUCCAAAGAAGCACAGGAACAAGCAAAACAAUUGAUUGAAGAAUCAUUAAUGGAUUCUUCGUAUUUACUAUCAAAAAAAGAGGGGCAAGAAAAGCAACAAAAUAAUGAAUCACAAAUUGAUUUUAAUAACUUUGACUGGUCUCAAGCUAGUCAGAAAUGUGAUGACUUUCAAAAAGAAAAAUGGUCAAAACUUGUUCCUAUUAUAAAGAAUUUUUAUAAAGAGCAUCCAGAUGUUACUAACAUGACAAAAGAACAGGUAGCUCAUAUCAGGCAAAUAAAUAAUAACAUAGAAGUAAGAUAUAUGUUUGAUGAACAAGAGAAACAGUCACAAGUGUUUGAUAUACCCAAUCCUAUUGAAACAUUUGAACAGGCUUUUGAGAGUUACUCAGAUAUACUGGAAGAAAUAAGGAAGCAGGGUUUUGUUAAACCAAGUCCCAUACAGUGUCAGGCAUGGCCUGUACUUCUCAGUGGUAAAGAUCUUAUUGGUAUUGCACAAACAGGCACAGGAAAAACAUUGGCGUUUCUGCUACCAGCUUUGAUUCACAUAGAAGGACAAGAAACACCACGGUCAGAGCGAAAUGGUCCUAAUGUCCUUGUUAUGGCUCCAACAAGAGAGUUGGCAUUACAAAUUGAAAAAGAAGUGAACAAAUAUUCUUACCAUGGUAUAAAAGCGGUAUGUGUGUAUGGAGGUGGCAGUCGUAAAGAACAAGUAAAUAUGGUCUUAAAGGGAGUCGAAAUAGUUAUUGCAACUCCUGGCAGAUUAAAUGAUCUUGUUGAAGCGAAUAUUUUAAAUAUUUCGUCCGUCACGUACCUUGUAUUAGAUGAAGCUGAUCGUAUGCUUGACAUGGGUUUUGAACCACAAAUUAGAAAAACUUUGUUAGAUAUUAGACCAGAUCGUCAAACAGUUAUGACAAGUGCUACAUGGCCCCAAGGCGUAAGACGUUUGGCUCAGUCGUAUAUGCAAAAUCCAAUACAGAUAUUUGUUGGAUCUCUUGAUUUGGCUACUGUACACACUGUAGUACAGAAGAUUUACAUAAUCGAUGAACCAGAAAAAAUAGAUAUGAUGCAUCAGUUUUUCCGUGAAAUGGGUCCUAAGGACAAAGUGAUAGUAUUCUUUGGAAAAAAGUCUAGAGUUGACGAUAUAGCGAGUGACUUAGCUUUACAAGGUAUGAAUUGUCAGAGUAUACAUGGAGGGAGAGAACAAUCUGACAGGGAACAAGCAUUAGAGGAUUUAAAAACUGGAGAAGUCCAAAUACUGCUUGCAACGGACGUAGCCAGUCGAGGAAUUGAUAUUGAAGAUGUCUCGCAUGUGCUAAAUUAUGAUUUUCCUCGAGAUAUAGAAGAGUAUGUUCAUCGAGUUGGUCGUACUGGUCGCGCUGGGCGUACAGGAGAAAGCAUAACAUUCAUGACAAGGAAAGAUUGGUCUCUUGCCAGACAACUAAUUAAUAUUUUAGAAGAAGCUAAUCAGGAAGUUCCUGUGGAAGUGUAUAAAAUGGCUGAUAGGUAUGCAGCAUGGAAGGAAAAACGAGCACAAGAGAAACAAUUUGAACGACCAGACAGAUCUGAUUAUUCAAACAGAAGGAGCAAUAGAAGAUGGUAAUCUAUGGAAAUUAUGCUUGAAUCAAUCAUUGUAUGCAAAUUUGUGUGCAUGAAAUCUUCUUAAGUUAGUUACU